CACAACAGAUCACCGAUCCAUGGAAAGAGCCAAAGAUGUCGGCUCAGUCAUGUGAUCAGCUGUGUCCAAUCACAGCUGAUCACAUGUAAACAGGGAAAUGCCGGUUAUCGGCAUUUCUCUCCCCACGAGCUGUCACGCUGACAGCUCACAGAUCAUCAGAGCACUGAUGAUCAGUGUGUCCUGAUGAUCUGUGUAGCCCCGGCAGCGCCACCUGUCAGUGUCCAUCAGUGCCAGCUCUCAGUGCCACAUCAGUGCCACAUCAAUGCCACAUAUCAGUGCCCAUCUGAGCUGCCUUUCAGUGUCACCUAUCAGUGCCAGUCAGUGCCACCUAUCAAUGCCAGUCAGUGCCACCUAUCAGUGCCGCCUAACAAUGCCAGUCAGUGCCACCUAACAGUGCCAGUCAGUGCCGCCUAUCAGUGCCAGUCAGUGCCGUCUAUCAGUGCCACCUAUCAGUGCCGCAUAUCAGUGCCAUAUACGAGUGCUGCCUUUCAGUGCCCAUCAGUGAUGCCUGUCAUUGCCCAUCAGUGCGACAUACCAGUGCCUCCUCAUCAGUGCCCAUCAGUGCCACCUAUCAGUGUCCAUCAGUGCAGCAGCCUAUCAGUGCCCAUCACUGCAGCCUCAUUAGCGCACAUACGUGAAGGAGAAAAAUCACUUAUUUACAAAAUUUUUAUAACAAAAACUAAGAAAAAUUUUUUUUUUUCAACAUUUUCAGUGGUUUUUGUUUUGUUUAAGAAAAAAGAA